UGUGAUACUGAUAUCAAAUGUCCAAAAUUAGCCUCAUCAAAAACAUUUUCAGAAAAAAAAUAAACGAAUUCCGAUGAAGUACGCUCUCUCUCUCUCGACAGUUUAAUCGAUCUCAGGCUCUCAGCGGUAGAUGUCUGGGCCAGAAAGAAUCGUCGAUACGUCCAUAAACAGAUCGCAAGUGCACGUUCCCGUAUUGAUCUCAAAUCGAGGGUGGUUUGACUGUUUUCUGAAGUUUGUGAUAUACGCAAAAGCAGAGGACGAAAGAGAGAACGAGGAACAAAUGACAACCGGAUAAUAAGAGGAAGAGGGCGUUUAAGAGUUUUUUUAGUAUUUUGUUGGCUAAUAUUUGAUUUUGGCGGAUAUACAUUUUUUCUUUUUUUGUGUAAAGUCAUGGGCGAUUCAAGCGACUCGGUUUCUAUUGAUGAUGAUGUGAUACCUCUAGGAGGGAAGGAAUGUUUGGUUGAGACGAGCAAAGGUUCUAUUUCUGUUUUCGUCUGUGGUGAUCAAGAAAAGCCCGCUUUGGUUACAUACCCAGAUGUUGCUCUCAAUUAUAUGUCUUGUUUCCAAGGUCUCUUAUUUUGCCCAGAUGCAUCUCCUUUGCUGCUUCACAACUUCUGUAUUUAUCACAUAGAUGCCCCUGGACACGAGUUGGGAGCCGCGGCCAUAUCUUCAGAUGCUCCCUUGCUUUGCGUGGACGACCUAGCGGACCAAGUAGCGGAAGUUCUUGACUUCUUCCGGCUGAAAGAGGUUUUUUGCUUGGGUGUUACUGCUGGAGCUUAUAUCCUAACACUUUUUGCGAUGAAAUACAGGGAACGUGUUCUUGGCUUAAUCCUUGUUACCCCGCUUUGCAGAGAACCUUCAUGGACAGAAUGGCUUUGCAACAAGGUAAUAUUGAACUUGCUCUACUUCUAUGGUAUGUGUGAUAUGGUGAAAGAUUCCCUUCUUCAGCGUUACUUUAGUAAGGAAGUAAGGUCUGAUCUGUAUGGUGCAGAAUCUGACAUAGUACAAGCUUGCCGAAGGCUACUGGAUGAAAGGCAAAGUUCAAAUGUCAUGCAUUUUCUUCAAGCUAUUAAUGAGAGGCAUGAUCUGACAGAGGACUUGAAGAAGCUGCAAUGUAAGAGUCUCAUUUUUGUUGGUGAGAGUAGUCCCUUCUAUGCUGAGGCUCUCCACAUGAGUUCCAAAAUGGACAGGAGAAGCAGCUCUCUUGUAGAGGUUCAAGCCUGUGGAUCGUUAGUAACAGAGGAGCACCCCUAUGCCAUGCUCAUCCCUAUUGAAUUCUUUUUGAUGGGUUUCGGAUACUAUAGGCAGCCCCCUCCAUCAUCAAGUCGAGGCUCAAAUCCUGCUAGGCCCCCCUCCAGCCAUUCAUGCAUAGCUCCAGAACUCCUGUCUCCAGAGAAUCUGGGCAUCAAGCUCAAACCUAUUAAGACCCGUGUUGCAAUUGAAGUUUGAUUGAAAGCGGAGGCCUUUUGUUUCAUCUUCAUCCAAUUACACGUCAUUGAUUCAUAUUUUGUAUGGGUGGUCAAAACUGACUGCACAAAUACGCUCAUAUUGGGUAAAUAAUGUUUUUGGAGGAUUUUUUUUUCAUCCUGUGUAUUGCCGAGGGAGAUCAGGUGCAGGGAUUUGUAUUCGAGUGUAAAUAGAGAACAAGAACAGUGAAAUUUUAUCAGAGGUUCUUAAAUAAGUUGAGCGAAUGCCAGUAGUAAUGUUUUUUUUUUUUUUUUUUGAAAGCAGGAGGGUGAAUCAUGUAAGGCUACUAUUCAUUAUAUAUACACAAACUACCUUGUACCUUCGAGCAAUUGAAAUAAUGGACAAGAUCUCUCUCUGGUUCCGGUUCU